UGCCUGUUCCUUGCGUUGCAGUUAUUCCUUUCAUUUCUUGUCACGCCUCUAACAGCGUAUCAUAUGCGUAGUCCGAUUUGUUAGCUCUCGAAUCGUCAUGCCUCUUGCACGCUGUAGGGAAUUCGAUGAUGACGGAAAAGCGAGACUUCGAGGCUGUCCGAAGGGACGCGAUUGUCUAUUCGUGCAUCCUGACCAGCCUUUAUGGUCAAAGGCACCCAGACGUGAUCCUCCGCCACGUAAAGUCCCGCUUCCGGGUGGGAAAGGCCGUGGUGGACCUCUGUCUAAAUCUUGGGAUCGGGAGAGGAUCGGGAGUAAUAGUAUACCGAUUGGCGGUAGAUCUGAGGAAAACGCUCAAACAGACUCGGGAUGGGGCUCGAACGUGGAGUUGAACGUGGGCUCUUGGGGAGGAUCAUGGGGAGGCGAGACUAGCAAGGGCGAGAGUGGUGCGACCGAUGACCGAGGUUGGGGGAAGGGAUGGUGGAGUAAUAACGAUACCGCAAAAGACGACGAUGGAAGUAAAGGCAAAGGCAAAGGCAAAGGCAAAGGCAAAGGCAAGGCUAAAGCUACUGAAUCAACGUGGGGUGGGUGGGGGCAAAAUGACAAUGAUUCGGAUAGUUUUGCUAGCUUCUGGGGGAAGAAGACGUCAGAUAAUGCGGAGGGAUCAAGUCUCCGGGGAUGGGGAGCACCAAUCAGUCCGAAAACAAAAGGUAAUGGUGCAUCUGGUUGGAAGCUGCCUGAACCAGCCGCUGAUGCGGUUGAUACCGAUCCUGCUGCUUCUUCAUCAUCCCUCGGUGUACGACGCGCAAGUGAUAUCGACGUCGCGGAUCCUGCUGCAAAGAAACCCAGGACCAAGGGCCUCUCAAUUCAACCACCUGCAGCUUCUAUGGAUGUGGAUGUUGACUCACCGCUCACCUCUAUACCGGCUUCGGCCACCUCUGUACUUCCUCCAAAGCUCCUCGAUUCCCCUAUAACCACUUUCAGUGCGGGCCCUUCUAUACAGCGUCAAAUGACACCUAGUGCGAUAAGUCAGACGAGCAGAUCAACGUCGGUAGGAGUCAUUUUUCCAACAUUCGCAACAAAGGAACCUCGAAGUCUGCAGAGCAUUUCACAUAAGGAGGCCAAGGACAUUUGGAAAGAAUAUAUCGAACACAUCUUCCGGCUCAUCACGACACGCACAAAACUAGAAGAAGGGAGAGCUUUGCUUCAAGACUAUAAAGCAGCGCAGAACUCUCGGAUAUACCAGAAAGUCGGGAACACGGGCGUGAACCUGUUAGAACAAGCUAGCCAGAGUUUGAAAGGUCGCGUCGAGCGAAGGGAGAGAGAUUUUAAGAACGCGAUGGAGAGAUUAUGUGACUUCGAGGAGGGCUUUGAGUUUCCUAUGCACCUCAUUCUAGAUCGGAGAGAAGAUUCGAGGAAGAUGAAAGAGGAGCUUGAUGGUGUCAAGACGUAUGUUGGGUCCGUAAAGGAUUGCGUUGACAAUAUGCAGCAGACCGUUCGUGAUAUCGAUUCUCGGACCCGCACUGCUGUUGCUCAGCCUACACCUGUACCAGCGUCGCCGGUCCCGGACGAAGGAACAAAAGCUCAGUCUAAAGUAUUUACUGACAAAGAUCAAGAAAUAGAGGACCGACUUGUCAACCUCGAAGAGAAAGUCUCAGAGUAUCAGCAUUCUUAUAUAGAGACCCGUAAUGGGUUGUAUGCGAACGCCGAUGACGUGAUUCAAGAAAAAGUAGAAGAGAUGAUGACGAACUCACUGGAAUCAUGUAUGGCGGGUCUCUGGGAGAGAGCUGAGGAGGCUGAGGAGAAACUGGGUUCUCUUGACGGGACUUUGGAUGCUCUGACUAGCAGGACCAAAGAGAUUCACGAAACUGUCUACAAGGUCAACAAGAUGACAGCCGAAGAAAAAGAACGGUUUUGGGAGCCUGUCCGGAAUGAGCAAAGGACAUUUGUAGAAAAAGAAGCCGAUAAUGCCGCACGUCAAGAGUUAAUAGAUAGAUCGGCAGAUGGUCUUGCAAAAGCUCGGGAAAGGCUACACGCUUUGGAGAACUCAGGAACACAAAUCCUCGACAUACUGCCUCUACACACUCUCAUACCAGAUCAACAGCAAUUUAACCAACUCGUAGAGAUGUUCGUUCCAGCGAUAUGGGCAGUGCUUCAACCUGACGUUAAUGUCGCUAAGGACAACAUGAAGUCGGGCAUACUGGAGAUUGUCCAGACGCACGUUCAAAGUCCGUUCCAGGAGUUUGUUGCUAUGCUCGCUCCUGUGUACAAGGCUUUUCAUGAAUUGAAUGGGAGGGUGGAUCCGAAGAUGCAGAGGCUUGCGGUUGCGGCGGCUCGGUCGGUGCAAGCGUCGCCUCAGAUGGCUGAUACUCGCCUGCCGGCUCAGGUCCAGACAUCUCAUACCUAAUUGUGUUUUGCAUCACUCUGUUUUUUUCUUUCAUUAUCCACCUAUCUUGUACUCUCCACUAUUAGCUUUAUUAUUUUAUUAUUUUUUGUAUAUACCGAAGUUUCGC